CGAGCUGCUCCGCCUCACGCCGGUGACCCAGGUGCGCGCCGCCGUCUCCUGGACUCUCCCCGCCGCCCAUCCCCUUGACGCGCCGCGCCGGACCUCCUCGCCCCAUCUCCACAGGCCACCUCUCGUGCCGAACAACGCUGCCUCCGUCGCUGCAGGAGGAGAACGGGACGCCGCCGGCAAGUCUUCUAGGAUGGGAUACAGCCGCCAUAGGCGCGGCCGUGGAUCCUCUUCCUCUUCACGCCGCACCAAACAAGAAGCAUCAUGUGAUGAUGGUCCUGGAACAUCACUUCCAAGGCAGGAAGACAGCACUGAAGAGGAAUCUAAUGUCCCCAAAAUUCAGCUCGCAAUGUGGGACUUUGGGCAAUGCGAUGCUAAAAGAUGCACCGGUCGCAAGCUUUCAAGAUUUGGGCUUUUAAAGGAGUUGCGAGUGACAAAUGGUUUCGGUGGUGUUGUUUUGAGCCCUGUUGGGACACAUUGUGUAUCCAAGGAAGAUCAUCCUAUCGUGCAACAGAAAGGAUUGGCCGUGGUUGAUUGUUCUUGGGCACGUUUAGAUGAUGUUCCUUUUGCAAAACUCCGAUGUGGUGCUCCUCGUCUCUUGCCAUGGUUGGUAGCAGCAAACCCUGUGAAUUAUGGCCGCCCGUGUCAGCUGUCCUGUGUGGAAGCUUUAUCAGCAGCCCUAAUUAUAUGUGGGGAGAAAGAUACAGGAGAACUGCUGCUUGCAAAGUUUAAGUGGGGUCACUCAUUCUUGUCACUUAACAGGGAUCUCCUGAAAGCAUACUCCAAAUGUGAAAAUGGCACGGAGAUCAUCAAUGUGCAGAACUCCUGGUUAUCAAGCGCCUCGAGAGUUCCAAAGUCACCUGCAGAUGUGGCAGGUAAAUCUCACCAAAGCACAGAUGAAGGAUCAGAUGCUGAUUCUGACGAUGGCUUGCCGCCCUUGGAGGAGAACAUGAACCACUUGAACCUUAGCGAAGACGAAGAGAGCGAAGAGGGGAGUGAAAGUGAGUAGAAGAAACGGCCAAGCAGGAUGCCUGGCAGACUUUGGAUCACUUAAGUUGUAUUUGAAAGAAACCGAAUUUUAUGUGCCACCACACAACAGGAUGUUUCAGCCAGUCCAAAUAAGAUGAAGCUGCCUUGAGGUUGUGGAUCUAAAGCAAUCUUUGGACACUUGUAGUGCUUGCUUCGUGUAUCAAAACGCCAUGAAAAAGUUGGGGUACAACCUUUUGGAUUAACAAGGUAA